CCGUGAAUUUGAUUCUUGGUUUGAAUCUUACGAAUUUAUGAAACUCACGAAUUCGACAUCUGAAAGAUCAGACUAUGAGACGACGAGGAUAAAUAGCGAUCGACAACUAGUAUCAUUGGUUAUUAUCAAUCUUCACCGGCUUUCUGGACGAGAGUCCGAGACCUAUAUUCUGCAAAUGGCUUUACCAUCAUCCGUACCGAUAACGCCUUGAAGACUCGAUGGAAAGUUAUCACCCAUGCAUGUCAGAAGUGGAAUGCAGCAUUGAGACGUGCAAAUGCUCAUAUACCCAGUGGAUCUAAUCAACAUGACGUGGUUAAUCAUUUCUAAAUUUAAUUUUUAAUGAUUUAUUUAAUUUUUAUUUUUAAGUUAUAAAUUUUAAUAACUUUGUGUUUUAUUUUCUUAAUUGAUUAUCUAGAUGAAACACGUAAAGACUAUCUUAACCACAAGAAAAUAAGAGAAAAAUGGUUUAAAGUUAAUUAAGAUCAUCCAACUUGAAAUACGUACUAAUUUUAUUUUUGCUUCCUUUUCUUCUCGUCCUAUCAGCCUCUUUAUCGGACUUAUAUAAUCCAAUAUGGAUUGCCACCUUAAUUACUAACUUGAAUUUUAAUAACAAAAACUAUGAUUUCUUUAGUGAAAUAGUUUGAAUGAUCCGUUAGAAUGUUUUGGUGAUGGAUGAUACGGGUUUGUAAAUUAUUUAUGGUAAGUGAUAAAUUUUUAUAUAUAUCAGUGUGUUAUAUGUCUAAUUUAUGUUAUGUAUGGUGCAUGAGCAAAUAACUAACGAUUCUAUUAUGAUUAAUCAUUGAACUAUAUGCUACUGAUUUUUUCAGUUUCACCAUCCGAUCCGAUUCUGAAAACAAGUUACAACGUAUUCCCAAGUCAUAAUCCUUGCCUUUCAAUGUCAGCAUUUGAUCAUAUUCAGGUUAGGAGCAAAGCUCAGAAAAGACCUUAUCUCAACGUCGUCACUAUUGAUAAUUUUGAUGCAAACUAAACCUAAUUACUUCAUCUAGAACUAGACUUGCCUUUUCCGUGGAGACAAUAGUUUCUCGAAACUACACGUUCAAGUUUCUACAGUGCUCCCAAUCGGUGAUGCGCGACGCUCGAUACCCGCUACGGGUAUAUAAGGGCUUGAAGCCCUCCAUGGAAAGGCGUCUCAACUUUUCCCUCACUUUCCACUUUGACUCUCUCUCUACACUUUAUCUCUCUUCAUUAUUCUCUCAAUUCACUCUAAACAUAAACUAAAUUGAUCGUCGAAGCUUAAUCCGGGGGCAUUCCCGUCUUCCACAGGUUCUCUCCCGACGAGAUCAGACGAACGAAUCGUGAGUCAACCCCACACAACAAUCAUUAUUGUUCGCAUCCAGAGCUAGAUGGUAUAAACAAGAAGAAAUUGUCUAUUAUUGACCAACUCAUCAAACUUACAAAACCCAAAUUAAAAAGUUAUAUAACAAAAAAAAAAAAAAAAGACUGUAAUACAAAUAUGUUCCAUACAGGGAACAUACAGUUAUAGUAGUGGAAAUUAAUUGUAGGUCUUUUGUAGAUUAAUGAGUCAAAAAAUUUUAAAACCUACUUUAGAUAUAGAAAAAUUCUUAUCUAGAUAGCAAUCCAAGAUUAAUACUAUUCUUUAGGGUUUAACUGUCGGUAUCAAUGAACAAGCACCUCCAGCCACCGCCGUCUACAAGGACGCAGGCUAGCCCAUCGGAGCCAAAAUCCGCGACCUGAUGGGUAGGAUGACUCUGGCCGAGAAGUUGGGGCAGAUGACGCAGAUCGACCGCAUCAUCGCUACUCACGAUGUGAUGAAGAAGUACUUCAUCGGGAGUGUGCUGAGUAGAGACGACACCGUCCCCGACAUCCGCCGCAAUGACCCGAUGAAAGUGAACAACACGUCGGCGGCCAGAUGGGUGAUGACGGUGAACAAAAUCCAGGAGGCGGCUCUCUCGACUCGCCAUGGUCCAUGGUCACAGCUACAAGGUAAUGGUAUUUCAUUUAGGGUUUGUGGCCGUUAAUUAGCAUUUGGGGCUUGUAUCUUGUGUGCGUGUAACCGGAGGGGUAGGAUGUCAAUUGUAGCCAUGAUUGUGGGUAGGGCUGUCAAUUUGAUCUGGUUAACCAAACCAUUAAGUAUGAAAAAUCAAAAACUAAAUCAACCAAAUUUUUAGAACCCAAAAUCAAAACUAUUAAGGGUCUGUUUCUGGUUACCAAUAACAUAUAUGGUUUAGUGAUUUGAAUCUAGUAUAACCAAAAGACCAAAAACCAGUUCAAAGUACAAAGUCAACACAUCCAACUUACAAAACCCAAAUUGAAAAGUUAUAUAUAAAAAAAAUAGAUUGUUAUAUAAAUAUGUUCCAGACAGUAAUAGUAGUGGAAAUUAAUUGUAGCUCUAUUGUAGAUUAAUGAAUCAAAAAGUUAAAA